UAAUAUUUACAUUAAUAAACGAACAUGAUUAUACUCAAUCUCAUGUUCACAUCCGGUGUGUACAGAAAGUAUUGUAUUGUUUUAAAAGAUAUUUGUUAAAUAGUAUAAAGUAAGUAUUUAAAUAUGGCUGCAAUAAAUACAGAAAUUAUGAAAGUAUUUGGAUUUUGGAGUAGUGUGCUAGUUUUAAAAAUGCUUGCAAUGGUAAUUCUAACCACACGUUAUAGAUUUACAAAAAAGAUUUUUGCAAAUUCUGAGGAUGGAUUUUCAAAAAAAUGUAAAGUGGUUUAUGAUGAUCCAGAUAUAGAACGUGUGCGUAGAAAUCAUCUCAAUGAUCUUGAAAAUGUCCUUCCUUGGUUUAUAAUCACUUAUAUUUGGUUAACAACAGGACCAUCUAUUUGGUUGGCUGGAAUUUUAAUCAAAACUUUUGUAAUUUCGAGAAUUAUACAUACUUUAGUUUAUGCUGUUUUUCCACAGCAACCUGCUAGAUUUUUGUCCUUCUUCUUUGGUUAUUGUAUUAUGGGCUAUGAAGCUUUUGCUUCUUUAUUAUAUUAUUUGUAAGUUGUUUAAAAUGAAACUUACAUGAAUGCAAAAAUUCUAUGUUUCCUUUUAUACUUAAAAUAUACUUUAUUAAAUAUUAUAUCAGUUAUACAUAUAUAUUUUUUAUAGAUACAGUUGUGCUAUAUUCUGUAAUUGUUAUGAUAUUGAUAAUUUAUAUUUCUAUAAUUGUAAUAAUGGUUUAUAUAUUUUUUUAUUAUUAAUGUACUAUUAUUUGUAAAUUAGUUAAAUAAAUCCUAUAGAAUGAUUCAAAUAACCUGAAAA